ACUGAGAGCAGAGGUCAUUUUCGGGUCUUCCUGGGUAGGGAGGGUUCACCUGCGAUGCCAAAGCACACAAAAAGCAGCAGCAUAGGAAAAUCUGGCAUGGGUGGCCGCCGCCCCCACCGCCAAUGAGACGUCGCCGUCGUCACCGGCGGCUACCGCUUGGCGCAUGAUUGAUCCGAUAUGCGAGGAAGUGGCUCAAGUCAUCAGGCCUUUACUUGUCUUGGGCCAUCCGGAUGCGGCCAUUUCUUUGCCACACUGAUGAAAUUCUCUUCUGCACACUUUCUUAUGAUGAAAUCAAGCAUCAUAUCAUGUACUCUACAAAACAAAACCUCCCUGCAAUCGGUAAGGUACCCUCAGGUUGAAUCAAGCUCCUAUUGAUGAGCUCGUUAAAAUAACUCUUCGCAAUUUCCUCCGAAUCCCGUUCAUGCAAAUUACUGACAAAGCCUUCAGCUACCCAUUGUCUGAUAAAAUCAUCUCUCCUGACCACGUGAUCCUCUGAUCAAAUCAAGCAUCAUAUCAUGUUUGCCAGAUCUUUGACGAGGUCCUUCUGUGUUGAUGACAAUGACUUGGAAGAUGGUAAGGUCUCAAAAGACAGAGAUUGGCUUUCGCGGUUCCUCAGGCUCCCGAAGAUACAGAAUCAGGCUCUUCUAUCUGGUCUGGCUUACUGCAUAGCAUCAUGCAGCAUGAUUUUAGUUAAUAAAUUUGUUCUGUCCGGCUACGGUUUCAAUGCUCCAAUAUUUUUGAUGCUAUACCAGAACAUUGUAUCGGUGACCAUAGUUUCCACACUUUCUCUGUCUGGUGCUAUCCCAACUGAACCAUUAACAUGGAAACUAAUCAAAGUUUGGUUGCCUGUGAAUAUCAUUUUUGUCGGAAUGCUGGUCACAAGCAUGUUUAGGAUAGAUGGAUAUGAAUGCAUGCUGUGUUUUCUCAUCAUCCAUUCUCAGAAGUACAGAACUCAUAGUUUGAAGUACAUUAAUGUCGCGAUGUUGACUAUAUUGAAGAAUGUUGCCAAUGUCUUAACUGCUUCUGGGAAAACCUACUUUUUCAAGAAGCAGCAUGGUACUCAAGUUUGGAUUGCUCUUAUGCUGAUGAUAAUCUCAGCAGUCAUGGGAGGAAUAACAGAUCUGUCAUUCCAUGCAGUUGGUUAUACCUGGCAGAUCUUAAACUGCUUUCUGACAGCAUCAUAUUCGGUGAUAGUGCUUCCAGGCGUACCUAAGCGAAAUUCCUUCAUCGCCUUCGGUAAAAGGCAAGUAACGUGGGGGUGAAUUCAAUGCUAUGUUUAUAUUCAUGUCUUACUUCUUUGCAAGUAAAAUUGAAGUAUUCAAUAUUCUCUAAUAUAUUCCGAGCAUGGAUGAUAUUACAUUCUGUCGAACUUAAAUUCAGUCUUUUAUAUCGAUUUUAAAUAUGUUGUGGCGACCUGAAUCAUUUGCAAUGUUAUUCAACAUGAGUCAUCAAAAGAAGAAUAUAAGAAUUGAUGUCAAUUCACAUGCAUACAUAUGCAUUUAUGCAUUUCAUAUGGUGAUAAAGGCCGGUCACUGCUAUCGUGCGUGACUCGUACCGGUACAUGGAGUUGCAUGAGAGGUUGGUAUUGUCCAACACAAAACUCUCAAAUGAAGUUGCAUCAUAGCAUUCUUACAUUUAUAUGAUAUUUGAAGAAUGCAGAAUCCUGGAAGUUAAAUGCUAUGAUUUUGUGAGACUGUG